GAUCCCCACAAAACCCGUUGCGGUGCGCGUAAUGCGGUAACAGCUACAAAAAAACCCCAACUCCCCCCGCCCUUUCUCUCUCUCUCUCUCUCGCUAAUUCUCCUAAUCUUACCCGAGAACGCACUAAACCCUCACUCUCAUCCAUGGCGCUCUCCACUUCUCGCCUCCUCCUCCGCUCCCCACCACCACCACCUCCCCCAAAUCCCUACCCCAAAACCCUAAUCCCCAACACCAUCGCCAUCGCCCCCGCCGGAGUCGGCGCCGCUACUCCUCGGAACCCCUUCUGGGCGCCGAGUUCUCCGAAUCGCCGUGUGGUGUCGGCGUCGGCGGCAUCGUCGUCGUCGUGGGCGGCGGGGGACCUUCGCCCGGCGAUCGACGAGAACCCUGAGGGGAUCAUAUCUGGCGAGUGGCCGGAGAACAUCUACUUCCUCGGCUACGACGAUCUCCGCGCCUACCUCGAGUCUCAGAUCAUCUCCUCCGAUAAGAUGAAGCCGACAGCAGUUUUGGGGGAGGUGAUGUCGAAGCCAGUGUGGACGGCAAUGGUGGAUCAGAAGCUGGAGGAGAUCAACAACCACUUUGAGGUCGUGUCGGGGCUCCCAGUGAUCGAUGCUGCAGGGAAGUGCAUUGGGGUCAUUUCCAAGAAAGACACGGCCAAAGCCUUAAAAGGGUUGGAGUCAAAGGUUGGUGAAGUCAUGUCAUCUCCAGCCAUUACUUUGCCGGCUGACAAGACUGUCUUGGAUGCUGCAGCUUUAAUGCUUAAGAGGAAGGUUCACAGGAUACCAAUUUUGGAUAAACAACAGCAUGUUGUUGGAAUCGUUACCCGAACGGAUGUAUUUCGUGCACUGGAGUCCCAAGAGGUAUAAAAUCCCCUCUAUCGACACGCGCCCACCUAUGUUUGUACAAAUGGAUAUUAAUUUGGAUGAAUGUAGUUACUAUGCCAUGACGGCUUUGUGAAUCCGAGUUCUGUAAUUAGUAGGGUGUCUUUCUACUCUAGGAGGCCGCGUUCUUAAGAUAAAGUGGAGUUUGGACAAUGUAUAAAGCUGAUUUCAGAAUGCGAGGUCAAAUUUUGUAACUGAUGGUGCUUCGUUUUAGCAUAUAAUAUGAUGCAACUCUUGUUGUCAUCUA